GCUAAACACAAAGCGGUUUCCUUUUUGGUUAGUAUAGUCCUCGGCUGAAAUUUAAGAAGAAAUUGAAGAGAAGACUCAGAAGACACAAAAUGGCUGGAGAAAAUGACUGGAGGAAAACGGCAGAUACGACAAAGAUGAGUCCGGAGGGAGUGAAAGCCGCCGGAGUUGAGUCAUCAAAGAGGCCGCCCGGGACUAAUCCCGGUGGUGUUCUCCACCAACGCCGUAACUUGCCUUACAGCUACACCACCAUGGCUAUUGCCGGGUUAGCUAUCUCUGGUGCAGUCAUGUAUACUGUUAUGUAUGUUAAGAAGAAACCGGAGGCUAGUGCUAGUGAUGUAGCUAAGGCGGCCACAGGGACGGCUAAACCGGAAGAUACACAUCCGAGGAAAUAAAACCCCAAAGAAAAGAAAAAAUGGUUUUUCUGUUUUUUUUUUUGUAUUUUGUAUUCCCCUUCCGCUCAAUGUUCUUCUCAUAACUUUUUUAUUUUCUUGUACUGUAAUA